AUGGAGAGAGGAGGAGGAGAGAGACAACCUGAGAGAGACGGAGAGAGAGAGGAGGCAGGACGAAAGAGUGAGGAGGAGAGACGGGAGACGAGAGAGCUGAGAGGGGGGGAGGGAGGGGAGGACGAGAGGACACCGAGAGGGGGAAUAGAAGCGGAGAGAAGGAGAGGGGGGGGUGGGGGAGGGAGAGAAAAGAAUGAGAGAUCUGAGAUGGGAGACGGGGGAGGGAGAGAGGACGGAUGGGAGGGCGGAGGCGGGGAGGAGAGAGAGAGCAGGGGGAGGGGGAGGGAGAGCGAGAGAGAGGGAGAGAGAGAGAGAGGGGGGGGAUAGGGAGAAGAGAGGAGAGGGAGGAGAAGAGAGAGAGGGUGGAAGAGAGAGGGGGAGGGAUGAUAGACCGAGAUUUUUCUUUUUCUUUUUUUUUUUUUUUUAGGAGGAGAGAGAGAGAGAUGAGAGAGGAGAGAGACGAGAGAGAGAAGAGAGAGAGGAGAGGGGGGGGGGAGGGGAGAGAGCGAGAUGAGAGGAUGAGAGAAGGGACACGUGUCUUUGAUGUUUUAAGCUUAAAAAACACAGAGCUUAAGCUGAUAACCUUGGUGGAAGAGAAACGUUGCACACUGCCUCUUUUUACACCAAACACAAACACACACACACAGGGCCAUUUUCCCCCAUGUUUAAAUGUCAGUUCCUCUUUUAGAUCCGUGGAUAAGUUGUGGUUUUAAGAACGGGUUUCUUCUGCAUUUAGAGUUUAAUUGUUGUCCUUCCUCUCUGUCUAUCUUUCCCUGUAUCCAUCUCUUCAUCUAUCUACUAAAUAUCUCGCUAACUAUACUUUCUUUUUUCUAUAUCUUUCCGUCCUGAACUACCCAACUCUCUCCCUUUCUCUCGACAUCUCUCCCUCCCUCCAUUUCUGUCUCAGUCGUCCUGCUGGGGUCCCUGUGACAUAACAUAAAUCCUCAUGCUGAAGCAGACAUAUGGAUGUUCCAUCCUCAUUGGCUACAUCAAAGAUUUCACUGCACCAUAGUGUUAGGUUCAUUACUCCUAGGGUUCAAACACUGAUUUUUCUCUACCUCCUCCGGGGGGGAGAAAGAGAAGAGUAAGAGAAGAGAGAGACGCGAAGAGAAGAGAAGAGACAGAGAGAGAAGAGAAGAGACGAGAAGGAGAGAGAAGGAAGAGAAAGAGAAGAGAAGAGAAGAGAAGAGAAGCGAAGAAAGAAAGAAGGAAGAGAAGAGCAAGCGAAGAGGAACAGAGAAGAGCAGAGAAGGAAGGAGAAGCAGAAGAGAAGAGAACGAGCAGGAGAAGAAAGGAGACGAGACAGCAGAGAGCAAGGAGAAAGAGAAGAAGAGAAGAGAAGCAGAAGAGAGGAGAAGAGAAGUACCCCCUCUCCUCUCCUCUCUAUCCUCUCCUUACUCAAUUUCAAUUUCAAUGAGGGCUUUAUUGGCAUGUGAAACGUUUUUUUAACAUUGCCAAAGCAAGGAAGUAGAUAGUAAACAAAGUGAAUUAAAACAAUAAAUAUUAACAGUAAAAAUUACACUCAGAAAAGUAGUUCAAAAGAAUAAAGACAUUUCAAUGUUCAUAUUAUGUAGUAUUGAUACAGUGUUGUAACAUGUGCAAAAUAGUUAAAGUACAAAUGGGAAAAUAAAUAAACAUAAAUCUGGGUUGUAUUUACCAAUGGUGUUUGUUCUUCACUGGUUGCCCUUCCUUUUCUUGUGGAAACAGGUCACAAAUCUGCAGCUGUGAUUGGCACACUGUGGUUUUUCACCCAGUAGAUAAGGGAGAGUUUUAGCAAAUUGGGUUUGUUUUCAAAUCUUGUGGAUUCACUGUAAUCUGAGGAAAUAUGUGUCUCUAAUAUGGUCAUACAUUGGCAGGAGGCUUAGGGAAGUGAGCUCAGUUUCCACCUCAUUUGUGGGCAGUGGCACAUUAGCAUGUCUUCUCUUGAGAGCCAGUCUGCCUACUCUCCUCUAUCCCUUCCUCCCUCCUCCUCUCUUUUUCUCCUCGCCCUCCCUCUUCUCCGACUCCUCUCCUCUCUCUCCUCUACUCUCCUCUCCCUCCAUCUCCUCCCCUAUCCUCCCUCUCCUCUCCUUUCUUUUCUGAUAACAUUCCACUUCCCCAGUCAUUCUCCUAGUCCUUUUGCCGUCCUCUCCCAGUCCUUCUCCCGUCUUUCCUAGUCCUUCUCAAGUCCCUCUACCAGUCCUUCUCACUGUCCUUCUCAUGUCCUUCUCCAGUCCUCUCCCCCGUCCUCUCUUGUCCCUUCUCCAGCCCUUCUCCCAGUCCUUCUCCCAGUCCAUCAUCCUGUCCCUCUCCCAGUCUUUCUCCCUGUGCUUCUCCCUGUCCUUCUCCCAGUCCUUCUCUCAGUGCUUCUCGCUGUCCCUCUCCCUGGUUUUCUCCCGGUUCGCUCCCAGUCCUUCUCCCAGUCUUUCUUUCAGUCCUUCUCUCAGUUCUUCUCUCAGUUCUUCUCCCAGUCCUUCUCUCAGUCUUUCUCCCAGUCCUUCUCCCUGUCCCUCUCCCAGUCCUUCUCGCAGUCCUUCUCUCAGUCCUUCUCCCUGUCCUUCUCCCUGUCUUUCUCUCUGUACUUCUCCCUGUUCUUUUCUCUUUACUUCUCUCUGUCCUUCUGUCCAUCUCUCAGUCCUUCUCUCUGUCCACACAGUAUUUGACUACUUCUCUUGAGGUCAGUCAGACCAAAAUACAUCCUCGAGUCCUACAAACCACAAACAAAAACAAUAUGAUUUAGAUGGUAAGGUAAACUCUUGUGGGGGAUAUUCAAAUUCAAAGGAGUUUUACAGGCAAGGUCAGUUUUGGAACGGUGUAAAGCUGCUAGGCACCAGGAUCUCCACUGUCAGCUCAUCUGUUCUCCCUUUGUAUGACACUGCUGCUUCCGUGUGGCCAUUCAUAGACAUUCCACCUUCAACCACUGCUGCCCCAGUGUGGCCAUUCAUAGACAUUCCACCUUCAACCACUGCUGCCCCCCUGUGGCCAUUCAUAGACAUUCCACCUUCAACCCCUGCUGCCCCAGUGUGGCCAUUCAUAGACAUUCCAAUUUCAACCACUGCUGCCCCCCUGUGGCCAUUCAUAGACAUUCCACCUUCGACACCCACAGCCACCCAAGUAGGCCUAAUACAUAUAGCACCUAACUCAGUCAUGCUGCAUGUAAAAGGGUGCAUGACUAUGUCGUUUUACCACUGCUAUGAAACAUCAUGAAUCAGACACUUGGUUCGUUCAGAUAAAUAACAGACUACUUUAAUUAAACACGUUUAGACUUUGUUAGGAUCCAAAGACAUGCUGCAGGUUUUUCGGACAGGUAAUUGCUAUUGGUCAGACUGACCUUUGUGUAGUGAAGAUUUUAGCAAUGUUAACAUUUACAACACAAAGGUUAAUGGGAGAGACUGAAGACGGAGUGAAGGUCACAGUAAUGGGAGAGACUGAACACGGAGUGAAGGUCACAGACGGUUUCUUCUUCUCCAUCCACACACACACAACUUUCACAAACUUCAAAACAAUCUUUACACAAUGUUCUCAGAUUAGGGAAGCAAGGUUUUGGGUCAAUUCCAUUUCAAUUCAAUCAAUUUAAGAAGUACAUUUACAUGCCAAUUCCAAUUUUGGGUAGGCCUACAUGAAUGUAUAAGUACAUGAAUUUGGUGGAUGGAAUGCAAGUUGAUAUGAAGAGUUCAGGAAAUGACUGGAUUAAUUAAAUGACUGGAUACAACCUCUUCAGAGUUAAUCAUGUGGUGUCUGAAUUCUGAUUUGUAAAUGUCAUCAUAUUACUUUCACUGAUCUAUCUCUUUGGUCAGAGAAACCCCCAUACCAAGAAAGACAGGGCUGUUGUAGAGCAGUUUGAGAGCUUCAAGUUCCUUGGCAUCCACAUCACUAAGGACUGGUCCACACUCACCUGCACAGUCGUGAAGAGGGCACGGCAGAGCCUCUUACCUCUCAGGAGGCUGAAAAGAUUUGGCAUGGGGCCCUCAGAUCCUCAAAAAGUUUUACAGUUGCACCAUCGAGAGCAUCUUGACUGGCUGCAUCACCACUUUGUAUGGCAAAUGCACCGCCCUUGACCACAAAGCGCUACAGAGGGUGAUGCAGACAGCCAGUUACAUCACUGGGGCCGAGCUCCCUGCCAACCAGGAACUCUAUAUCAGGCGGUCAGAGGAAGGCCCGAAAAAUUGCCAAAUACUCCAGCCACCCAAGCCAUAGUCUGUUCACUCUACUACCGUCCAACAAACGGUACCGGAGCAUAGGCCCUCAGACCAACAGGCUCCUAGACAGCUUCUACCCCCAAGCCAUAAGACUGCUAAAUAGUUAAUGAAUGGUACCCAAACUAUAUGCACUGACUAUCUUGCACUGACCCUACGCACACUCACUAUACAGUAUAUACACACCAUAUACACACUCACUCACACACACUACAUUGACACUCUCACACAAAACCCACACACAUUCACAUACACCACAUACGCACACACACACAACACACACGUAUACCGACACAACAAAAACACACAUACAUACACACUAUGUUACUAUUACUAAACUCUGCAUCUUUGGGAAGGGCUCGUAAAGCAAGCAUUUCACGGUAAAGUCUACACCAGCUGUAUUCCGUGCAUGUGACAAAUAACAUUUGAUUUGAUUUGAUUUGGAAGGGAGUUAGAAGCUGUACAUUUCCACAAUGACCACUAGAUGGCACUGCAGACUGCUAGAGAGCACCACUGAGACUGGGCAAUAAUGACUGUUCCAAAUGGCACUCUAUUGCCUACAUAGUGCACUACUUUUGACCAGGGCCCAUUAUUCCCUACAUAGUGCAUGACGUAUGGGUAAAAAGUAGUGCACUAUAUAGCGAAUAUCCACUGUCCAGCCAUGCCGUAGGUAAUUGCAGGGGCCAUCCACUGUCCAGCCAUGCCGUAAGUAAUUGCAGGGGCCAUCCACUGUCCAGCCAUGCCGUAUGUAAUAGCAGGGGCCAUCCACUGUCCAGCCAUGCCGUAUGUACAUAAUAGCAGUGGCCAUCCACUGUCCAGCCAUGCCGAAUGUAAUAGCAGGGGCCAUCCACUGUCCAGCCAUGCCGUAUGUAAUAGCAGGGGCCAUCCACUGUCCAGCCAUGCCGUAUGUAAUAGCAGGGGCCAUCCACUGUCCAGCCAUGCCGUAUGUAAUAGCAGGGGCCAUCCACUGUCCAGCCAUGCCGUAUGUAAUAGCAGGGGCCAUCCACUGUCCAGCCAUGCCGUAUGUAAUAGCAGGGGCCAUCCACUGUCCAGCCAUGCCGUAUGUAAGCAGGGCCAUCCACUGUCCAGCCAUGCCGUAUGUAAUAGCAGGGGCCAUCAAUGUCCAGCCAUUGCUGUAUGUAAUAGCAGGGGGGCCAUCCACUGUCCAGCCAUGCCGUUAUGUAAUAGCAGGGGCCAUCCACUGUCCAGCCAUGCCGUAUGUAAUAGCAGGGGCCAUCCAUUGUCCAGCCAUGCCGUAUGUAAUAGCAGGGGCCGUCCACUGUCCAGCCAUGCCGUAUGUAAUAGCAGGGGCCAUCCACUGUCCAGCCAUGCCGUAUGUAAUAGCAGGGGCCAUCCACUGUCCAGCCAUGCCGUAUGUAAUAGCAGGGGCCAUCCACUGUCCAGCCAUGCCGUAUGUAAUAGCAGGGGCCGUCCCACUGUCCAGCCAUGCCGUAUGUAAUAGCAGGGCAUCCACUGUCCCAGCCAUGCCGUAUGUAAUAGCAGGGGCCAUCCACUGUCCAGCCAUGCCGUAUGUAAUAGCAGGGGCCAUCCACUGUCCAGCCAUGCCGUAUGUAAUAGCCUGUAAUACAGUCCUCUGGGAGAUGUACAUGUUCUAAUCAAAAUGAGGAAUGUCGUCAGCUAAUGGAUGUACAGUAUGUGCUCUGUACAGGGGGUUUAUUCCGGCUGAUUGCUAUUGGGUCUGUUCAGACGUGGUACACUAUUCUCUAUAUAGUGCACUAGUUUUGACCAAAGCACCAUUGGCCAUUGUAUAAAGGGAAUAGGGUACCAUUUGGAACAAAACAUUAAAACAUGAAGGAAAAAUAUUAGAAAACUAUAUACUGUACAGACAAAUUACAGUAUUUAAAAAAGGACAAUAUAUAUUAUCAAAACCAAUAUAAUUAUUUCACUAAAUUGUUUUGAAGAAUAAAUAAAUAAUUGUAUUUUGAGACAUUCAAGUGUUACAUCAUCUGUCCCUGACCUCAGAAUGCCAAUAUCCCAAAAUCCCCUCAGUGCAUUGAUUAAAUAAUGCAUCAUACACUAUCUUCAUGAGCAGCACAGCACAGCCGGCAGUGUAUUUGGUGGCUCUUCCACAAGUUUCCCUGGAACAUAAUAUUAACUAAUGAAGAGAAAAAGGGGGAAGGAGGACUUAUGGGGCCCCCUUCCGUAGAAUUAAAAAAGGGGCCCCCCUGGGAAACCCCCCUUAAUAACAGGCCCCCCCAGCCCGCCGAUGUAAUGGGGGCCCCAAAUUUUCCCCAAAAACCUAUUAAAAGGGGGGCCCCCUACCCCGGGGAAAAGGGGGCCUAAAGCCUUGGCAGGGGCCUCCCUGUCCCCCCGGGGCCUGUUCGUCCUCUGGAAGGGAAAUGUUUUUAAAAAAGGGGGGGGGGAAAAAUGGUUUUGUGCUCUUACCGGGGUUUUUUCCCGGGUUUCUUUUGGCUGCAAAGUGGCCCCCCUUUUCUUGUCACUUUUUCCAAAAUUUUUCCAUUGUUAAAAAUAACCUUUUUCCUUUCUAAAAAAAUUUUCUAUUCCCUUCUUACAGAUUUUAAAAAAGCAAAAAUCAAAACCUUUUUUAAAAAUUUUUCAUUUGGAAGAAUAAAAAAAUUGAUUUUGAACAAAAGGAUCCUUCCCUCCCCGUCCUCCCCCCUCCCCCCCAUUUUUUUUUUUUUCUAAACAAACCCGGGGGGGGGGCCCCCUUUUUUUGGGUUUAAAACUUCCCCGGGGAAAAUUUAAAUUUAAAAAAGGAAAAAAAAAAUUUUUUUUUUCUCUUGGGGGGCCCCCCCGGGGGGUUUUUGGGGGGUUCCCGCCCCCGUCCCUCUUCCCCUUUGUCCUCUCCCCCCUUUUCCCUUUUUUCCCCCCCCCCCCCCCCCCCUUUUUCCCCCCCUCGGGGGCCUCCCCCGGGGGGGGGGGGCCCCCUUUUGGGGGUUUUUUUUUUUUUUUUUUUUUUUUCUCCCCCUUUUUUUUUCCCCCUUUUUUUGGGGGGGGGGGGGGGGGGGGGGGGGGGGGGGGGGGGGGGGCCCCCCCCCCCCCCCCCCCCCCCGGGGGGGGGGGGGGGGGGGGGGGGGGGGGGGGCCCCCCCCGGGGGGGGGGGGGGGGGGGGGGGGGGGGGGCCCCCCCCCCCAAAAAGGGGGGGGGCCCCCCCCCCCCUUUUUGGGGGGGGGGGGGGGGGGGGGGGUUUUUUAAAAAAAAAAUUUGGGGUUUUUUUUCCCCCCCCUUUUUUUUCCCCCCCCCCCUUUUUUCCCCCCCGGGGGGGGGGGUUUUUUUUUCUUUUUUUUCUCCCCCCAAAAAAAAAACCCCCCCCUUGGGGAAAAAUUUUAGAAAAACACUUAAAGUUUUACCUCCACCCCCCCCCCCCCUUUAAACCCCUUUUUGGGGGAAAUAGUUUUCCCCCCCCCCCUUUUCCCCCCCUUUAAAGGUUUUUUUCCCGUAAAAAAAGGGGGGGGAAAGGGGGGGUUAAAGGGGGGAGGGGGGGAGGGGGAAAGAAAUGAAGAAAAAAAGGGGGGGAAAAAAAGGAAAAAAAGGUGGUUUUUGGUAGAUUUGGUAAGCAGGGUUAUGAGUGGAAAAGGGGGUUGGGUAGUGGGUGGGGGGUUUGGGCUGGGUGGGUGGGUGGGCGGGGUUGCUUUUGGGGUUUGGGGUUUUUGGGGGUUGGGGUUUUUGUGUGGGUUUUUUUUUUUUUUCUUUUUUCUUUUUUUGGGUUUUUCUUUUUUUUUUUUUUUCCCCCUUUUUUUUAAACCCCUUUUUUUUUUUUUCUUUUGGGGGGGGGGGGUUUGGGGGGGUGGGGGGGGGGGUGGUGGGGUGGGGGGUGGGGUGGGGUGGGUAAAUUUUGGGGCUUUAAGGGCUUGGGUAUUGGGGUAGGGGGUUUUGGGGGUUUGGGGACUUUGGGGGAACGUCCUUACUUAUUUAAAUUUUCCAUUCCCCUCUCUGAACAGAAUAUCAUUUUACAAAAAUCUUUAAAUUUACCACGUUUCUCAAAAAUGCUUUGUCCCUGGUCUGUCCAACGGCAAAAUUUAAACAAAAUUAUUUGCUAUACUUCCCCUCUGCCCCUCCUCUUCCUCUUCCUUCCCCCAAUUUUUCCCUUCCCUUUCCCCUGCCUCUCUUCCCUCUCUCCUCCCUCUCUCUCCCUUCCUUUUCUCCCCUCCUCUUAAACCUUUCUACCCUACUGACAAGAUUCUCAAACCAACUGAAACCUACGAAAGGAAGAACCCCUGCCAAAAAGAUGAGGAAGGGCCGGUUUGGGGGAAAUGAAGUUUGGUGAGGAAGUUUGAAAAAGGGUAUUGAUGCCCGGCUUUUUUUUUUUUGGGGGGUUUUUUGGGGCCCCUUGGGGGGAAUCCCCCCCCCCCCAAGCCCCCCCCCCCCCCCCCUAAAGGGCCCCCCCCCCCCCCCCCAAAAAAAAAAACAAAACCCCCCCGGAGGCGGGGCAAAAGAAAAGGGGGAAAAAAAAAACCCCCAAAAGAAAGGGAAAAAGGAAAAGGGGAAGGAAAAAAAGAGAGAGAGGGAAAAAAAAAAAGACAACAAAAAACAAACAGUGGCCCCCCCCCCCCCCCCCCCCCCACCCCCCCCCCCCCCCCUCUCUCUCUCCCCUGCAGUCGUCUCAUCAAGCUAUAGGUGUUGUCAGUUCUACUGCUGUCAACCUUCCUCUAGCUCUGCAGUAUACAAACACUACUACAAACUCACUGAAUCAGCAGCAUCACUCUCUCCCUAUACGCCCUGGUCAAAGUAGUGCACUAUUUAGGGAAUAGGGUACCAUUUGGGACACACCCUGUAUCGUCUCCGCAACGCAACCACACACCACCGGAGCCCAAUUCACAUUCUCCCUCCCCAACAUCUCCAUGCAGAUGUGUGCACUGACAUACGUGUCUUCCUGUGUUCUGUUUCAGCCAUUGAACAGGAAAGGAAAGGGGACGCCACACCUUGAUGUGACUUGGUGAAGAAGAGGAGAAGAGGAGAUGCCACCAACAAAAGCACUUUGUUUUGUCUGUCUGUCUGUCUGUCUCAGUAUUCUACUUUAAGUCACUUUGUGUUGUAUAACAGGGUGCUGUAGGGCCCCAGGAGAUGUAAUAGUGGAGGAGGGUACAUUACAUUUUACAUUUUAGUCAUUUAGCAGACGCUCUUACCCAGAGCGACUUACAGUUAGUGCAUACAUUCAUACUGGCCUCCCGUGGGAAUCAAACCCACAACCCUGGCGUUGCAAACACCAUGCUCUACCAACUGAGCUAUAUCCCUGGGAUGCAUCCCAAAUGGCACCUUAUUCCCUAUAAAGUGCAAUACUUUUGACCUGGUCCACUAUAUAGGGAAUAUGGUGCCAUUUGGGAUGCAGCAAUGGCAUCUUCACAGGGGUCUAUCUAUCAUUAGGGGAAUAGAGUUGUAGCCUAGCCUCUAACCCCCUUACUCCCUAGCCUCUAACCCCCUCACUCCCUAGACUCUAACCCCCUUACUCCCUAUCCUCUAACCCCCCUACUCCCUAGCCUCUAACCCCCUCACUCCCUAUCCUCUAACCCCCUCACUCCCUAUCCUCAACCCCCUUACUCCCUAGCCUCUAACCCCCUUACUCCCUAGCCUCUAACCCCUUAACUCCCUAGACUCUAACCCACCCUUACUCCCUAUCCUCUAACCCCCUCACUCCCUAUCCUCUAACCCCCUCAACUCCCUAUCCUCUAACCCCCUUACUCUCCCUAGCCUCUAACCCCCUCACUCCCUAUCCUCUAACCCCCCUUAAUCCCUAGCCUCUAACCCCCUUACUACCUAUCCUCUAACCCCCUCACUCCCUACUCCCUAUCCUCUAACCCCCUCACUCCCUAUCCUCUAACCCCCUUACUCCCUAGCCUCUAACCCCCUUACUCCCUAUCCUCUAACCCCCUUACUCCCUAGACUCUAACCCCCUUACUCCCUAGCCUCUAACCCCCUUACUCCCUAGCCUCUAACCCCCUCACUCCCUACUCCCUAGCCUCUAACCCCCCUACUCCCUAGCCUCUAACCCCCUUACCUCCCUAGUCCCUAGCCUCUAACCCCCUUACUCCUUACUCCCUAGCCUCUAACCCCCUCACUCCCUAUCCUCUAACCCCCCUUACUCCCUAGCCUCUAACCCCCUUACUCCCCUAGCCUCUAACCCCCUUACUCCCCUAGCCUCUAACCCCCUUACUCCCUAGACUCUAACCCCCCUACUCCCUAGCCUCUAACCCCCUUACUCCCUAGCCUCUAACCCCCUUACUCCCUAGCCUCUAACCCCCUUACUCCCUAGCCUCUAACCCCCUUACUCCCUAGACUCUAACCCCCCUACUCCCUAGCCUCUAACCCCCUUACUCCCUAGCCUCUAACCCCCUUACUCCCUAGCCUCUAACCCCCUUACUCCCUAGCCUCUAACCCCCUUACUCCCUAGUCCCCUUACUCCCUAACCCCUAGCCCUUAUUUCCUAGCGUAUACCCAUCCAAACAACUCAGCAGUACCAAGGGCUCGGGGCUAAGGGCUAGGGGCUAGGGGCUAGCGGUUUGUUUCUUGAUCAGGCAGUUUUGUUGUUGAACACCAAACCAAGUCAGGCAUCCAGGCUAAGAGAGGACGGGGAGAGGAAGGUGGGGGGAUUAUGGAGAUGUUUUCAUAUUUCACUUUUUACUUUUCUUUAUGAAAUAAAGACAAAGGGGUGUAAUAAAAAACAACAGAUUUGAGUCUGACUUUCUCUUAAGAUGAAUGAUGUUUGAUAAUAAUAUAGUAGUCUCAAAGGGGGUAUGGACAGUCCCUAAUGAAAAUAUGCAGUACAUUAGACAAAUACAGAACAAUAUACAACAUUAGACUACCAAUACAAUAAAUUAAAUUAUGAAAUAAUACAUUAUUCUUGAGUAGAUGGAAUGAUCAUGGCAAUAGUGAGUUUUUGUGACAGUUUGGCCCAGUAGAAGGAGACAGAAGUUGAAUCCGACCAAUUAUUAUUGAAAAAAUGUAGGAACUCAGUCGGGUCUCAGCUUACUAUUGAGCAUUAGAAUAGUAGAAUACACCAGGUGCAAUUUCAAAAUUUGGUUGUGCAUCAUUAGUUUUUCUCUUGUUAUGACUGCCACUAACAGUUACUCAAUUAGGCAUGUCAGCUAACAAUUUUUAGAUUGACAGCUAUCUAAACUUGUAAUAAUCAUGACCAAAUACUGACCGGGCAUGCAGGGCACAUGCCCAGGGGCCUGACCUCCAGGGGGCCUACAUUUGUUAGUCAUUCUCACUCAGAUCAUAUUAACAUGGCAUAAGUCAUUAAGAAAUGUGUAGAAACAUAAUUUUUUCAUUACAUUAAGUGCACUACUUUUAACCAAAGCCCUAUAGGUGGCUGUUAGCCUAACUGUUAAGAGUGUUGGGCCAGUAACUGAAAGGUCUCUAGUUCGAUUCCCUGAGCUGAGUAGGUGAAUAAUCUGUUGAUGUGCCCUUGAGCAAGGCACUUAACCCUAAUUGCUCCUUUAUGUCUAUUACAAUGUAGGUGGGGGUUGGCUUAUGUUUGUGAGGUUGGCUCUCCUUUGAACUACCUGCAUUGCUAUCGCUGUUCUGAUGGGAGCACAUGCGUCGCCAGUCCUGGCUUGUCUACCCACUCACCCCCAGUUUUAUGACUCCGUUAAUACACACCCUGCGCCGUAAAUAUAGCGUAGCCUAGGCAACCUGAGGUGAAUAACAGCUGCGUAAAUCAGCAGUUAGAACAAUUGAAUUAAAACGCGUUUUAAAAUGUUAUCUUAAUCUGUGAUGCGGGUCAAUGUCCAGUGCUUUGAACCAGUCCGUUGGAUAACACACAUCACAAAGUCAACGUGUAGGCUACUGACUGUAGGUGGUGUAUUGUAUAUUAGCCCCAGAAAUCACCCAUGUCCCACUACUAUUAUUUUAUAUUCCUGUUUGUAUGCAAUCAAUGCAAAGCCUGAGAGGAAGACAACAUGGAAUACCUGUACCGAAAGGUGAGCGCCAUCUUAGCCUACUUAUUUGAUAUAAUUUUAAAUGAUCAACAUGCGAUGCCCCAUUUGAGUUGUAGUGAUGAUUUAUAAACUAUUGUAAUUCAUGUAAAUAAUAUCCUAUUGAUUCAUUAACGAUAGAUAUUGAUUGGUUUAUUUCGCAAUGAGCUUCUGUUUUUAAAGUUUCGAUGUUUAUAUAGGCUUGUAGCGUCCAUGUAAAAUAAAGCCCAGAUUGAUGGACUAUUGUUUUACAGGUUAUGAACCCAUAAAGCCAGUAGCGGUAAAGCCUAUUUGUAGGUGUCUACAAACAUAAAUGGGUUGAGAUCAGCCAUCAAAGAUCCUCGUUUAAUCGUCUUUUAUUUUUUUCCAGCUGCAGUGGAACCGUCAAGCGGCCAACAUCUAAUUAGUCCGGAUGAUCUUCACCUGCGCCUCGCCUCUGACCUACAAGUAUGGAAAGCCAAAAGGAUAACAUCGUCUUACCCGGAAGACAUCUUAACGCUUCAGCGUUGAUUUAACCACGCUUUGAUGUGGACGUUGUAUUGAUGGCAUGUUUUAGGAUCAACAGUGGCAAGGAUAUUACCCCACACAGGGGUCUGCCUCGGGAGGAGAGGAGGACAGAGGUGGUAGGAGGUGGAGGGAGGUCUGGCUGAUGGGAGGCAGAGAGGGAGAGACCCCACAGAGCCUCAGGACAGCAACACAAUUAGACCCAACCAAAUCAUGAGAAAACAAAAAUAUCAUUCUUUCCAAUGUGUCAAGUAAUUAACAAAAAAACAGAGCAAACUAGAAUGCUAUUUGGCCCUAAACAUAGAGUACACAGUGGCAGAAUACCUGACCACUGUGACUGACCCAAACUUAAGGAAAGCUUUGACUAUGUACAGACUCAGUGAGCAUAGCCUUGCUAUUGAGAAAGGUUGCGGUAGGCAGACCUGGCUCUCGGGAAGACAGGCUAUGUGCACACUGCCCACAAAAUGAGGUGGAAACUGAGCUGCACUUCCUAACCUCCUGCCAAAUGUAUGACCAUAUUAGAGACACAUAUUUCCCUCAGAUUACACAGACCUGUCACGCUCGUGGAUUGACGGCUCGGACCAAGGUGCAGCGUGGUAGGCGAACAUUUUAAUUCAAUAAAUGAACACAGACCAAACAACAAUAAUACACACGACCGUAAAGUACUGCAGGCUACACCGCCACUACACAAAACCAAAAUCCCACAAACUAAGGUGGGAAAACGGCUGCCUAAGUAUGAUCCCCAAUCAGAGACAACGAUAGACAGCUGCCUCUGAUUGGGAACCACACCCGGCCAACAAAGUUAUAGACAAACUAGAAUGGCCACCCAAAUCACACCCUGACCUAACCAAAUAGAGAAUAAAAGGGAUCUCUAAGGUCAGGGCGUGACAAGACCCACAAAGAAUUCGAAAACAAAUCCAAUUUUGAUAAACUCCCAUAUCUAUUGGGUGAAAUACCACAGUGUGCCAUCACAGCAGCAAGAUGUCUAACCUGUUGCCACAAGAAAAGGGCAACCAGUGAAGAACAAACACCAUUGUAAAUACAAUCCAUAUUUAUGUUUAUUUAUUUGCCCUUUUGUACUUUAAAUAUUUGUACAUCAUUACAACACGGUAUAUAGACAUAAUAUGACAUUUGGAAUGCCUUUAUUCUUUUGGAACUUUUGUGAGUGUAAUGUUUACUGUUAAUUUUUUAUUGUUUAUUUCACUUUUGUUUGUUAUCUAUUUCACUUGCUUUGGCAAUGUAAACAUAUGUUUCCCAUGCCAAUAAAGCCCCUUAAAUUGAAUUGAGUGGGACAGGGGGGGGGGGGGGGGGGGGGGGGGGGGGGCUUUUAAUAGUAUAUUUUACUGACUACCCCACUAAUGUAAUAUGUUCCAUUGAGACUCAAUUCAACCUAUUAGGGACAUAUAACAUGUCAAUAAAGUAAUUGUUUUAGGCCAUGCCCUGUGUUUUGCGCAAUCAUGUGACAUAGCAAGAUUGUAUCCUGUAUUUUAAGCCUUUUCCAGAAAUGAGAAUUACACCAAAAAUGAAAUCAAUUGUCUGAGGUGGUGCUGGACCAUCUGACAUGAAAACAAAAGGAGGACAGUUUGAUGAAAAAGCUUUAAAUAAACAUUUAAAUCCAGGCCCGUCACAUGAUAGCACAACACACAGGGCCCUAGUUAUGACACAUGUUGAUUAUGGAACAAGGUAUAUCAUGUUGCUUAGCUCUUUUGUUGUUCCUGGGCCUAUAUUCAUAAAAGCGUCUCAGUAGGAGUGAUGACCUAGGAUCAGGUCUCUCCUGUCCAUGUACAGUAAUCAUAUUCAUUAUGAUCUUAAAUGCACAACUGAUCCUAGAUCACACUGGACCUUUUUGUAGCGACAUUGUACAGUUGUAACGUGUAGAUGUUAGGUUGAGUCACAAUGUGUACAUUUCAGACUGCUUGACCAAUGUAAACAUGUUUCACCUGGCACAACAAACGACCGCUUAAUUGACAUGAGGGGACACAGACGGAAUGUAGGGGCCGGGGGGCACAAAGGGGGGGCUUUUCUAGAUAUGGUACCUGGGUACCACCCCACUAAUGAAUGUUCUUGAGACUCACAACAACCACUAGGACAUUAAGGCUGUCAAAAAAGUAAUGUGUUUAGGCAGCACUGGUUCUGGCCACAUGGGACAUCUACAACCAACAGACUGACCUGUUUUAAGCCUGUUCCGAAAAAUGGAAUUCAACCCAAAACAAACUGAAUCAAUGUCUGAGGUGGUGCUGGACACGCAUGAACAACAAAGGAGACAGUUUUGAGGCUGAAAAACUAAAUAAACAUUUAACUCAGGCCCGGUCAUGGUAGCACAACAACACAGGGACCCUGUUUAGACCAUGUUGGUAGAAACAGAUACAUGGUGCUUGUUCUUUGUGUCCUGGGCCUAUAUCAUAAACAAGCAGUCUCGUAGGAGGAUGACCUAGAACCACGGACCUCUCUGGCCCUGGGUCAACCAUAUCAUAGAUCUAAAUGGCACACUGUUCCUAGACGCACUGGGUUUGACAACAACCUGGACAUGUUCUCUGGCCCUGGGGACCAACUGUACACGUUGGACACAUGGGACUGCUGAGGCCUGGGGUCAACCAACCAACACACUGGAACACUGUUCUCUAGAGGCCCUGGGGGUCAACCAACCAACACACUGGAACACUGUUCUCUAGAGGCCCUGGGGGUCAACCAACCAACACACUGGAACACUGUUCUCUAGAGGCCAUGGGGGUCAACCAACAACACACUGGACACUGUUCUCUAGAGGCCCUGGGGGUCAACCAACCAACACACUGGGACACUGUUCUCUAGAGGCCCUGGGGGUCAACCAACCAACACACUGGAACACUGUUCUCUAGAGGCCCUGGGGGUCAACCAACCAACACACUGGAACACUGUUCUCUAGAGGCCCUGGGGGUCAACCAACCAACACACUGGAACACUGUUCUCUAGAGGCCCUGGGGGUCAACCAACCAACACACUGUUCUCUAGAGGCCCUGGGGGUCAACCAACCAACACACUGGAACACUGUUCUCUAGAGGCCCUGGGGGUCUACCAACCAACACACUGGAACACUGUUCUCUAGAGGCCCUGGGGGUCUACCAACCAACACACUGGAACACUGUUCUCUAGAGGCCAUGAGGGUCAACCAACCAACACACUGGAACACUGUUCUCUAGAGGCCAUGGGGGUCAACCAACCAACACACUGGAACACUGUUCUCUAGAGGCCCUGGGGGUCUACCAACCAACACGCUGGAACACUGUUCUCUAGAGGCCCUGGGGGUCAACCAACCAACACGCUGGAACACUGUUCUCUAGAGGCCCUGGGGGUCAACCAACCAACACGCUGGAACACUGUUCUCUAGAGGCCCUGGGGGUCUACCAACCAACACACUGGAACACUGUUCUCUAGAGGCCCUGGGGGUCUACCAACCAACACGCUGGAACACUGUUCUCUAGAGGCCCUGGGGGUCUACCAACCAACACACUGGAACACUGUUCUCUAGAGGCCCUGGGGGUCAACCAACCAACACGCUGGAACACUGUUCUCUAAAGGCCCUCGGGGUCAACCAACCAACACACUGGAACACUGUUCUCUAGAGGCCCUGGGGGUCUACCAACCAACACACUGGAACACUGUUCUCUAAAGGCCCUGGGGGUCAACCAACCAACACGCUGGAACACUGUUCUCUAAAGGCUCUCCAUUGUUUUCAACUCACUUAGGUUUCACACACCUUAUUUCCUAUACAGUGCACUACUUUUAGCGAGAGCCGGGCCCUGGUUAAAUGCAGUUCACGGUAUGGAUAAUAGGGUGCCAUUCAGCUGCAGCCUCUGACUGAAGGAAUGUCUCUCAAUAUGGUGGAGCCUGGAGGCUGGGGGGCAGCCUUUGUCAGGACCCCCCAGGGGUACGGCUGUAUUCAUACCCAGACAGCCCUGCAUGCCUGGGGGUUCACUGAUCAGCCUUCCCCCCUCUAUCCCCUCCUCUCUUACCUUGGUGUGAGAUACCAGACUCAGCAGUGGGCUGCAUGGUGGGCUGGCUAUCUGUGCCAUCACAACAGUCUGCAGGCCUGGCCCAUGUACAUAGAAAUGCAGUAAAAUAGAUAUUCCAAUUUAAAUGCUAUGAUCCAAGUGGACCGUUCGGCCACCAUAUUGGAGUGUGAAGAAUAUAAGGUGGCAGGCUGAAUAAGACAUUGAACACAGGCGGCAGGCUGAAUAACACAUCAUUGGGCACACACAUUGUAGGCUGCAUUUAGACAGGCAACCCAAUUCUCAUAUUUUUCCCACUAAUUGGUAUUUUGACCAAUCACAUCAGAUCUUUUCACAUCAUAUAUUUUUCAGAGCUGAUCUGAUUGGUUAAAGGGAUUAGUGAAACAAUUAUCAGAAUUGGGCUCUCCGUCUAAACGUAGACGUAGAGACUCAGGACACAAUCACAUAUCAUCUAAUAAUCACUGUUGCUGGGCAGAUAUUAAAGUCAACUUACUAUAUAGUAAAGGAGGCACAAACUGUCUUUCUGUCCCUCAACAAUCCUAUGAGAGGAGGGUCCAAUGAGACUGAGACUAGCUACUGUAGCUAGGUCUCUGUGUUUGAAAACACAUAUUAGUCUGAAAUGUAAUGUUAGAUCUAAGCAGGCUGAGUUACUACACAUAGCACCCAGUCUGAUGCAGAAGGAGAGGACCAUAUAAUAAAGGACCAUAUCUGACCUUAGUACAGGCCUGGUUUAAGGCAUAUUGAUAUAAUAGAUGAUCUUCUAUAUAACAUUUAAAGUCACAUGGGUAGCGAUACAUUUAGCCAGUCAUCAUCAUCUUCUAAGUAUAGAGAAGGCCCAUCUAUAGGCCUACACAGUGAAGCAGGCUAGCUCUAGGUUUGCGUCCCAAAUGGCACCCUAUUCGCUAUAAUGGCACCCUAUUCGCUAUAAUGGCACCCUAUUCACUAUAAUGGCACCCUAUUCGCUAUAUAGGACACUUUGGACCAUGGCUGAUAGUGAGCCGUUUGGGACAAAAUUCUCUCUUCUCUUCUUUGCAUCCUCUGUGGCCUAUAAGACUUCCUCUUUUGACUGCCUGUGACAGGAAAGGCAUAGGGUGACAAACUGAAGUCCACACUGCCGCCUCACAGUUACAGAGACACCAGAGAGGCCUGUAGAAACAGUACCAUCGCCAGUAAACUAAUGCUAAGUAUUUAUCUAUCCACCUAUAUGGCUUACAGGAUGAGCAUGGUGUAGCAGCUAAGGACCAACAUGAGACUAAAAAGGGGAGACUUACUGUUAACUACCGUGUACAUUCACAGAGGUUUCCUGGAGUGUGGAUCUGAUUCCCUUGUGUGGAUUGUCUAGGAGGAAAGCCAAAGCCCUGGACCUUACUCACACUUGAGAAAAGCCUUGGACUUUACUAAAAACCGUGGACCUUACUAAGAGAAGAGCCUUGGACUUUACCAACAGAAGAGCCUUGGAUCUAGGAGAAGAGCCUUGGACUCAAGGCUUACUAAGACGAGAGGAAAGCUUUGGACAGAAGAGGACGAUGAGUUUUGACAGUGUUCCUGCCAAGUCGGAGGUGAUGGGGUGGAACGCCCGCAGUCUAGCCGACUAUAUGAAGAGGGUGAGGGUGAACACUUUAUGGCUCGUGUUCUUCUGUUGAUAAUGCAGGUCUUAACAUCAGUGGUUCAUCAGCAUUACAAUUCUCAUCUUUCUUGUGAUUUCGGUUUAGAACUGAAUUGCCCAUAUGAGUGCCAGCAGUUAUGAGACAGAUCAGGGCCUGUAUGAUGCCUCUCAGAGUAGGACUGCUGAUCUAGGACCAGGUCCUCCCGGUCCAUUCAUUAUAAUCUAAAAGCCAAAACUGGUCCUGGAUCAGCACUCAGGUGCUUCAUGAAUACAGACCCAGCUCAUUUGCAUGCAUUAAGAAAGUGAGAGUGACCUCUGUCCUGAUGUGUGACAUCUCUGGUGUGUUGUGACGUUCUCAGCUGAGGCUGUCCAGUUGUGACAAAGUGGUGAUGAAGACCAGCAUGAACGGAGCACGCUUUCUGGUAAGAGGGUGGGUGUGUGUGUGGGUGUGAGGGCUUGUGUUGGUGUUGAGCGUGUGUGUGUGUGUGUGUGUGUGAGGGGUUGUGUUGGUGUUGAGCGUGUGUGUGUGUGUGUGAGGGGUUGUGUUGGUGUUGAGCGUGUGUGUGUGAAUGGGUGUGAGGGGUUGUGUUGGUGUUGAGCGUGUGUGUGUGUGUGUGUGUGAGGGGUUGUGUUGGUGUUGAGCGUGUGUGUGUGUGGGUGUGAGGGGUUGUGUUGGUGUUGAGCGUGUGUGUGUGUGUGUGUGUGUGUGUGUGUGUGUGUGUGUGUGUUUAUUUGUGUGUGGCUGUGUGAGGGUUUGUUUGUUUUGUAUGUGUGUGGGUGUGUGCAGCUGCUCUUGUAUACUGUGAUACAACUAAGAUGGUACUUUAAUGAUCUAUGCUGUCACUGUACCGUUACAGAAGAUGAAAGAUGGCGACCUUCAGAAGUUUCCAACCAUUCAUAUUCCGUAAGUCUAAAGUCUAAACUAUUUAAUUUCAUAAUCAGAUAAGGUAACACUUGUGAAGCAACUCUGGUCCCUUAAGCAAGUCUUAACCAGUCUCCUCUACCACACAAAAACCUCCUUGAAAGUCUUUUACUGAGACCAUUUAAUCUGGCUGUUACAAUACAGUUGGUUUGGACAUGGUUGUGUCUGUGUGUGUGUGUGUGUGUGUGUGUGUGUGUGUGUGUGUGUGUGUGUGUGUGUGUGUGUGUGUGUGUGUGUGUCUGUGUGUCUGUGUGUCUGUGUGUGUGUGUGUGUGUGUCUGUGUGUCUGUGUGUGUGUGUGGCUGCUGCAGUACUGUAUAAGUCAGUGGCUUUUAAUAACCGUGAUGUGGUUUCUAUAUGUGGUGUGUGUGUGAUGCUGGAGGACGUGUAGCUGGAAAUAACCUGAUGAAUCUUCUAAUGAAAAGGCAGAGAGAGAGAGCGCAAGACAGAGCAUGAUGGUGUGUGUGUGUGUGUGUGUGUGUGUGUGUGUGUGUGUGUGUGUGUGUGUGUGUGUGCGGACAUGUUUAACUAUACUUGUGGGGACCAGAAGUUCCCACAAGAAUAGUAAACUAACAAAAAUGUGACAAGUUGGGGACAUUAUGUUGGUCCCCACAAGGUCAAAUGCUAUUUCUAGGGGGUUUAGGGUUAAGGUUAGAAUUUGUGUUAGGGUUAGGGUCAGGAGCUACGGUUAGGUUUAGGGUUAAGUUUAGGUUUGGUGUUAGGGUUAGGGUUAGGGUUAAGGUUAGGUUAAGGGUUAGAAGUAGGGGUUAGGGAACAUUUUUAAUGGGACAGAAUUUUGUGUCCCCACAAGGUUAGUUAUACAAUACUGUGUGUGUGUGCCUGCGAGAGAGAGAGAGAGAGAGAAAGAGAGAGAGAGUGAGAUUGAGAGAGAGAGAGAGAGAGAGAGAGAGAGAGAGAGAGAGAUAAAGUACUGAAUUUGAUAACAUUGUGUUACUCAAUGAUUUCAAUAAAUUCUCUAGAGUCAUCACUAAGAUCUGUAGUGAGAUCAACAGGAGUGAAGAGGAGAAGUGGUUCGGUCAGAGGUGAGAAAUACUAAUCUACUAGCCUACACAUAGCAUACAUCUCCACCAUGAGAACUCAUCUCUGAUGUGUGACAGGACAGUAGAGAUACACUACACAACCAUGUUCCUCAUGUCUUCACCAGAUCAAAGGAACCUAAGAACCAUCAACAAGGUAAACAGAACUGUACUGUAUCACGGCCCAGCCCCACUGCCCUAACACUACAGCUACUAUAUCUCAGGAGAAACAUCUCCCUCCCUCUCCUCAUUGUAUGGUUGGUUUUCUCUCUUUAGAUUUUGUACACGAAGUAGAUGAAGCCUGGGAUUCAGAAGAGUUUGUGAGUCUGUCGUGUACUGCAAGACACUCACUUUGACAUUACAUUGCUACCAAACCACAUAUCCAUCCACAGAAUGUAUAAAUCUAGCUUUAGAUCAUCAAUAGAAGACCCUUGUCAUCAAAACCAUAUCACUAAUCACCAACCUGUCAUUUCCCAUUUCCCACCUCUCCUCCCCUCCUCUCCUCUCCUUUCCUCUCCCCUCCCCACAUCUCCUCUCCUCUCCUCUCCUCUCCUCUCCUCUCCCCUCCCCACAUAUUCUCUCCCCUCCCCUCCCCUCCUCUCCUCUCCUCUCCUCUCCUGGUCUGUCAGGAAAUGAGUGAUAACGACUAUGAGAACCCUGAUGAGGACGACAGUUAUAUCUCUGCCUUGUCUAACCGCCUGCCACCCCCACCACCUGCAGAGGGAGAGGAGGAAGAGGGGAGUGAUGAUGACUAUGAGCCUCCUCCCUCAUCGGCUACAGAGGAGAUCCCCCGCCUCCUCAAUCUCACCAAGCCCCUAGGGAACAGUGACUAUAUAGGUACAGAAGCUGUACAGUUAACCAUUACUGACUGUCUUUAGUAAAUACAUACUGUAGGUUCAAUAGCUCGGCUGUGUGUGUGUGUGUGUGUGUGUAGAUUCUGUGUGUGGAGGUCCGCCAAUAGCCCUUCCAACUGGAAGGACUCCCAGACCACACCAGCGCCCUGGUCCUCAGGCCCCAGCCCCCAGCCAUAACACAGUGAGUGACUUCUUCAUCACACCAUCACUAUUUGUAGCCUCUUCUCAUCCUGUCUUCUUUACAGAGCCCUACCUUUUCAUACCACCAACCUUUAACCUUUUCAUCUGCUCUUUCUUUUAUGUUACCAUCCGUCCAUUUCUUACCCUCCUCAUACUCCUCUCUUUUCCUGAGAUCAAUCAUUGUUAACUAAGCUUCCAACACUCUCCCGCUCUCUGUCACUCUCUCUUCCCCUCACUUUCUUUCUCUCUCUCCCUCUCUCUAGCUGGCCAGACCUCCCACAUCCAGACUAGACCCCUCCCCUCAGAGGCCAUUCAAAGCUGCAGGCAAACGUAAGUCACUCUGAUCAUGUUAUCGGAGAUCAUACGGUCUGUCUCUUAGCUGCUUGUGUUGAUAUUGUAAAGAGUAGGACUAUUCCGAUGUGAUCAGCACCAUGAAAAUAAGGAACAGGAGGAUAGUGGUUUAAAGCAGGGAUUCCCAAACAUUUCUUCCUAAAUAUCUUCCUCCCACAGCCCCAACAGGCCCUUCUGUCCCCCUGUUCGACCGAAGCAAGAAGCCUGGACAGCCCGCUCCCACCAAGAAACAACCUCCUCAUUAUCACGCAAACACCAAAACAACUCCUACAAGUAACUAGCUGUCAACUGUCUGUUGUCCUGUUGAUUUAGCCUCCUAGUCUGUUUAUUCAGUUCAAGUCAAGUCUUUUCAAUUCAAUUCAAUAUUAAUCCCCAAGGGGCAAUUAGAAAGGCAUUGUCAGUAGUGCCUUACAAAGACAAAGAAAAGUCAGCUUCGGUAGGAACAGAUUGCCACCAUUAUGGCUACUGUUGACUAGUAGGUUGAGAAUGCAAUGUUUUGUCCUAACUUCUGUCUUUCUUGUGUCUGUUUGGUGACUACCAACGGUGUCCAGGAGAGGGCAGUCCAUUCCGCUCUCCCCAGCCCGCCAUAGUGAAGCCACCUCAGCUAGAGGCCCCAACGCCACCAGACUAUAGGUAACCUAACCCUGACCUCUCCAUUACCAUUAACUCCUUGACUGUAACUCAACAGUCUAAAGGUGCUUGUUCCUUUUCUCGGUUUUUCUAUUGAAAGACAGUCUUGAUGAAGCGGCAGGUAGCUUAGUGGGUAAGAGCGUUGUGCCGGUAACCGAAAGGUCGCUGGUUCUAAUCCCCGAGCCGACUAGGUGAAAAAUCUGUCGAUGUGCCCUUGAGCAAGGCACUUAAUCCUAAUUGCUCCUGUAAGUCGCUCUGGAUAAGAGCGUCUGCUAAAUGACUAAACAUCUAAACACGAAAAACUGUUGUUUUUACGGGUUCAAGUUCCUUCAGUAAAUUCAGAGAGUGAAAAUUAGAGGAGAAUAAUUCACUUUCGACUAUUGAGAUGAAGAUCGAGCCCCGUCCUCCUAACACAUUGUACUAGAAUGUCUUCUCUACCAACAGAUCGAGCUCCAGUAAACCUGCUCCUCCUUCUCUUCCUGCUCCUCCUUCUCACCCACCUCCUUCAAUGGUCCACAACACAAAGCCAGGCACAGAGGAGGUGAGCAGAUCAAUCAGUCAAACACCCUUUUUACAGCAGUAGUUUACAUCAGCAGAGCCUUUAUGCAAUCCAUAUCGUCCAUACUGCUUUUCAAACGUCAUUUACAUAUCAUCAUAACAAUAUUAUACAUGUAAUAAAAAUGAGAAUGAUCAAGUGCAUGUAAUUAGCGUCACUGGCCACAAUAUGGCACUGUUGCAGUAUACAAACACUAGGGUCAUGACCACACUUCUCUUAGAGUCCACACACAAAACACUACAAAACCUAUGAAACACAACCAUGCAGAAACACCCCACAGGUAACGUGCCUAAGAAUUUAACAGCAUUCAAAAACAAGUGUAAAAACCGCACACUAGAGAAGACUGGUGUGUGCGGUCUAGAGUGCUGUUUUACACGUGUUUUUGAACAGCCUACUAGUUGCUCCUGCCCAACCAACACGUGGAUCUAGACACAAUGGGUUUUCUCUUAAUUUUUUGCAUUCUUACACUGUUGGUCUGUUGCUGUUCCCUGCUGUGUGCAGGACAUGGUCCCUGUGUGGUAUGGAGGACUGGUGACCAGAGGCCAGGCUGAAGCAUCACUCAGAUGGGUUAACAAGGUCAGGAAUCCCCCUCCCCUGGUGGGCUUCACUAACACACACAACACGCACCCACACAGUGUGUAUCAAUGUAGCUGUGUGUGUUUUCAGGAUGGAGCGUUUCUGGUGAGGGACAGUUCCAAGGGCUCUUCUGAGCAGCCCUACACCCUCAUGGUGCUGAACCAAGGCAAGGUCUACAACGUCCAGAUACGUCACCAAGGCAACACAUACCACCUGGGCACCGGCCUCAUGGGUAUCGAGGUAAACAAACAGCCUCCUCUCUGCUCCGUCAAGAGAUUCCCUCACAAAUAUCAAUUAGACUUCUCUUCUUUUUAGUAGAUUUUUUCAUGAUUUUAUUGAACAGAUAGUGAGAGAGAAUGACGGUGGGAAAAUAUAGAGGUUGUGUCAAAGGUCACUAGGCCGGAUUAAAACCUUUGUGGACACUGUAUGUGCCGGCGUCAUUACCAAUCAGGCCACAGAAUUUCAGCUUAGCAUGCAAAUGCAAUAAAACAUCGGUCAUCUAGCUAGCAGGCACUUUUAUCUAAAGUAGCUUACAGUUUACAAACAGAUCUGGGCCUCAGGCUGUAGGGUUUAUUGGCUGUGCACAGAUAAACACCACCCACUUGUUGUCUUGAUGACUUAAAGGCCCAGUGCAUAAAAAAAUAUGAUUUUCCUGUGUUUUAUAUAUUUCCACACUAUGAGAUUGGAAUACGUUGAAAUUGUGAAAAUGAUGCCAUUUUAGUGUAAGAGCUGUUUGAAAAGGCCGCCUGAAAUUUCUGUUUUUGUGGGAUGGAGUUUUGGCUUGCCUGGUGAUAAUCAGGCGGUAAAUUAGUUAAUAGACCAAUAAAAAAAAGAGUUCCAAACCUCUCUGCCAGUUUUCAGUUUUUCACUCCCCACUCAGACCACUCCCAGACAGUCCUAGCAGAAUUCUUGCUUGAGAAAUUGCUCUUUGCUAAGAAGCUAUUUUUGUUUCCUUUUGACAAUCUUAAUUAAUACAAUCACAGUAAGGUACUUAAUUGUUACCCAGAAAUGAUUUGAUAUUGAGAUGAAAACGGCUGCGUUGAACCUUUAACACAUCGCAGGUUGACGUUUGUCAUGAAUCUUGCCUUUGAGGCAGAACUGAGCGAUUUCCGCUGGUAAGGCCAGCUGCAAAGUCAAAAUGGUCUAUAUCAUAAAAAAAUUAUGAAAACAAACAUUUGCUUUUUGGUCUUAAUUUAAAGUUAGGUUUAGGCAUUAGGUGGUUAGGCUAGGGUUAGGUUUAAAAUCAGAUUGUAUGACUUUGAGGCAAUGCCCGCUAAUGACCACUCUGCAGAGUUCAUGACAAUAAAUGCCAACCUGCUAACACAUCAUAAACUAACCAAUGGUUCUUUCCCUUCUCUGCUGCUGCUGUUGUUGUGUUGCUGAUGCAGAGUUUCCCAGGAGUGAAGGAGAUGAUAGACCACUACACACACACACCUCUGCUGCUCAUAGACAUGGAGAUAGGAACUGGAGCACAGAGCCAGUGCUGCCUGCUGCACCCUGCAACCACUCUGACCAUAACCAGCAACACAGUGUGUGUGUGUGUGUGUGUGUGUGUGUGUGUUCUCAAUGACUUACCUGGUUAAAUAAAGGGAAGAAAACAAACGCAUAAAGUAGCUGGUAGAGAUAGAAGGGAGGGAACCAGAUUUUUAUUAGGAAGCGUAUUCACAAUGGAGUGUUUAUUUUCAUGUUAUAAGGUUAAUGUUAUGAAGUUGCAUGUCGUAAGUUAAAUGUAGUGAAGUUGUAUAUAUUAUACUAGUCUUCACCUGUCAUUUUUAGGUUGUGAUCAUUAAACUGAGAGAAAAAUGUGUUUGAUUACAAGUGUGAUAUGUGGACUAAUGUUGGACCCUAUCCAGUUCUAUAACCCAUUGGCUCCAAGCUUUCCUCACACACACACAGACACACACAGACACACACACACUUCCACCUUUCCUCUCCUCCUCCUGUCUAUCCUCUCCUUCUUCCUCUCCUCUUCCUCCCUCACUCCUCAGCCUGAAGUCAUGUUUGGCAGGGUCACCCCGUUCCACUCUGUUCAGAGAGGCCAUCUUGUCUGGGUGGCUGAAGUCACACGAACAGGUCACACUGUGUCAGCUGGGUCCGCACUGUGAACCACAUUGUAAAAAAAUAAUUUAAAAAAACACUUCAGUCAAAAGUAGUGCACUAUAUAAGAAAUACUAGAGUACCAUUUGGGAUGCACGGCUGUCUCUGAGGCCUUUGUGUGUGAAGACAUUAUGGUCCUUGUGUCUCUCAGCACUCUGCUGGGAGAUACCCAGACACCCCACGUUGUUCUAACCCUGCACCAACCGACAUACCCGAUUAAACUUAUCCAGGAGGAAUUAUACUUAAAUGUGGAAGAAUUAUAACAAGUUAGCAGUGUGACAAAGCUGGCCUUUAACCCCCUUUUUUAAAGGGGGUUAAAAUCAAAAGGACUGGGUCUACCAAAAUGUAGUAGAUAAAGGAGAGGGUUGGGAACACUGUAGUAGAUAAAGGAGAGGGUUGGGAACACUGUAGUAGAUAAAGGAGAGAGCCCAGAGGGGUAAAGAAGAGAGAUACAGACGUACCUACAUGCCAGUCUGUCCAGACACUCAGCCACAAAUUGGUUUACAUCCCUGUUUGUGAGCAUUUGUUCUUUGCCAAGAUAAUCCUCCACCUGACAAAUGUGGCACAUCAAGAAGCUUGUGCUGGGGACAAUAAAAGGCCACUCUAAAAUGUGCAGUUUUGUCACACAACACAAUGCCAAAGAUGACUCAAGUUUUGAAGGAGCGUGCAAUUGGCAUGCUGACUGCAGGAAUGUCCACCAGAGCUGUUGCCAGAGACUUUAAUGUUAAUUUCUCUACCAUAAGCCGCUUCCAACGUCGUUUUAGAGAAUUUGGCAGUAAGUCCAACCGGCCUCACAACCACAGACCACGUGUAACCACGCCAGCCCAGGACCUCCACAUCCAGCUUCUUCACCUGCGGGAUCGUCUGAGACCAGUCAUCCAGACAGCUGAGGAAACUGUGGGUUUGCAGAACCGAAGAAUUUCUGCACACACUGUCAGAAACCGUCUCAGGGAAGCUCAUCUGCAUGCUGGUCAUCCUCACCAGGGUCUUGACCUGACUGAAGUUCUGCGUCGUAACCGACUUCAGUGGGCAAAUGCUCACCUUCGAUGGCCACUGGCACGCUGGAGAACUGUGCUCUUCACAGAUUAAUCCCGGUUUCAACUGUACCGGGCAGAUGGCAGACGGCAGACAGCGUGUUUGGCGUAUUGUGGGCGAGCAGUUUGCUGAUGUCAACACUGUGAACAGAGUGCCCCAUGGUGGUGGUGGGAUUAUGGUAUGGGCAGGCAUAAGCUACUGACAACAAAUACACUUGCAUUUCAUCGAUGGCAACUUGAAUGCACGGAGAUACCGUGACGAGAUCCUGAGGCCCAUUGUCGUGCAUUCAACCGCCGCCAUCACCUCAUGUUUCAGCAUGAUAAUGUACAGCCCCAUGUCGCAAGGAUCUGCACACAAUUCCUGGAAGCUGAAAAUGUCCCAGUUCUUCCAUGGCCUGCUGCAUACUCACCAGACAUGUUCAGUGGCAACCCGUCAUUCAGGGCAGGUGGGGCAGAGCCCACAUUUUUAGCAAAAUAGAAAACAUUAUUUUAUUUUUGGGGGGGGGCUUUCCUGUUUUGCAUGUUAUUUUGGCAUUAAUACAUGUCGCAUACCCCUCUUAAUUUCGCCUUUUGUUCUGACUUGGUGGUGCACAUGUAGCCUAUAACCUGUUUUAGAGAAAUGUAAUCAUCAAAUAUUGUAAGAGCUUUCAUUGUCUGCUUAUAUGCCCCCUUUAUUUAUCCUACGGUUCUGACUUGGUGUACAGGGAGAACACUGUAAGAACGGCCCAUGUUCUGAAUUCUGUCGCUGUACAUUUCAAAAGUGCUAAACAAAUAGUAGUAACCAAAAAAGUGUUAAACAAAUCAAAAUAUAUUUUAGAUUUUAGAUUCUUCAAAUAGCCACCCUUUGCCUUGAUGACAGCUUUGCACACGCUUGGCAUUCUCUCAACCAGCUUCAUGAGGUAGUCACCUGGAAUGCAUUUAAAUUAACAGGUGUGCCUUCUUAAAAGUUAAUUUGUGGAAUAUCUUUCCUUCUUAAUGCAUUUGAGACAAUCAGUUGUGUAGUGACAAGGUAGGGGGGGUAUACAGAAGAUAGCCCUAUUUGGUAAAAGACCAAGUCCAUAUUAUGGCAAGAACAGCUCAAAUAAGCAAAGAGAAACGACAGUCCAUCAGUGGUCCUCUGUAGCUCAAUUGGUAGAGCAUGGCGCUUGUAACGCCAGGGUAGUGGGUUCGAUCCCCGGGACCACCCAUACGUAAAAAUGUAUGCACACAUGACUGUAAGUCACUUUGGAUAAAAGCGUCUGCUAAAUGGCAUAUUAUUAUUAUUAUUACUUUAAGACAUGAAGGUCAGUCAAUACAGAACAUUUCAAGAACUUUGAAAGUUUCUUCAAGUGCAGUUGCAAAAACCAUCAAGCGCUAUGAUGAAACUGGCUCUCAUGAGGACCACCACAGGAAUGGAAGACCCAGAGUUACCUCUGCUGCAGAGGAUAACUUCAUUAGAGUUACCAGCCUCAGAAAUUGCAGCCCAAAUAAAUGCUUCACAGAGUUCAAGUAACAGACACAUCUCAACAUCAACUGUUCAGAGGAGACUGUGUGAAUUAGGCCUUCAUGGUCGAAUUGCUGCAAAGAAACCACUACUAAAGACACAAUAAGAAGAAGAUACUUGUUUGGGCCAAGAAACACGAGCAAUGGACAUUAGACCGGUGGAAAUUUGUCCUUUGGUCUGGAGUCCAAAUUUGCGAUUUUUGGUUCCAACAGCCGUGUCUUUGUGAGACACAGUGUGGGUGAACGGAUGAUCUCUGCAUGUGUAUUUCCCACCGUAAAGCAUGGAGGAGGAGGUGUUAUGGUGUCGGGGUGCUUUGCUGGUGACACUGUCUGUGAUUUAUUUAGAAUUCAAGGCACACUUAACCAGCAUGGCUACCACAGCAUUCUGCAGUGAUACGCCAUCCCAUCUGGUUUGCGCUUAGUGGGACUAUCAUUUGUUUUUCAACAGGACAAUGACCCAACACACCUCCAGGCUGUGUAAGGGCUAUUUGACCAAGAAGGAGAGUGAUGGAGUGCUGCAUCAGAUGACCUGGCCUCAACCAAAUUGAGAUGGUUUGGGAUGAGUCGGACAGCAGAGUGAAGGAAAAGCAGCCAACAAGUGCUCAGCAUAUGUGGGAUUUCCUUCAAGACUGUUGGAAAAGCAUUCCAGGUUGGUUACUACAUGAUUCCAUAUGUGUUAUUUCAUAGUUUUGAUAUCUUCACUAUUAUUCUACAAUGUAGAAAAUAGUACAAAUAAAGAAAAACCCUUGAAUGAGUAGGUGUUCUAAAACUUUUGACCGUUAGUGUGUUUUUUUAAAAGGCAGUAAAUGAGGCUGAAUGAACUGUUUAACUGCCAGACAAGGCUCUGCUGAUAGCCAGGUGUACCAGUGGUAAAAUGUUGGGACUGCUGUUGGGACAGCUUUAUGUAGGCCCUAACAGUUUGUGGGCACCGUUUGUCACCGUUCUAGUGCAAUUAAUGUGUUGUGUUGUGGCAUGCAUCCCACUUUGUAUUUUUUUGCCCCACCAAGAUUUACAUGCUAAAAUCGCCACUGGACAUGUCACCCAUUGAGCAUUUUUGGAUGCUCUGGAUCGACGUGUACGACAGCGUUUUCCAGUUCCCACCAAUAUCCAGCAACUUCGCACAGCCAUUGAGUAGUUACAUGCAAACAAUAAUGAGAUUCCAGAUAGUCAGACGAAUACAAUAGUUUGAUUAAAACGUUUACAUGCUUUGCAAGAAGAACGAUUCCCCUAAUAAUCCUGUUUAUAUGGACACAUCUGAAAUCAGGGUACCUAAAUGCAGAAAAUCGGCAAUCAUAACAGUGAACAUGUUAUUUUUGGGAAGCAUAUUUGAUUCUGAGUUCGGACAUAUAAAGUAUGUAUGUGAAAACUACUUCUACUACGCAUACAUUCAGUUGUUCCGUACUCCCUUCUCUCGCACUAAAGAGGGAGGCUUGCUCGGCUGGUGCUAGCACACACGCAGAUCAAAUACACCGCUGGAAUGCCGAUAUAAGGUGUUUACAUGUCCUUAACAUUCAAAAGAUUGCUCAGAAAACCAGCUGUUUUAAACGGCAUAUGCUUACGAUUUUGACCUUACGCCAAUUAAGAUAAGCAAAGUAAGGUGUCUACAUGACUAUUGCAUAAUAAUAAUAAUAAUAAUAAUAAUAAUAAUAAUAAUAAUAUGCCACUUAGCAGACUACUGCUAUAAUCCGUUUAAUAUCAAAUUAUUAGUGUGCAUGUAACCGUACUCAUUGAAGAGGAGUGGGACAACAUUUCACAGGCCACAAUCAACAGCCUGAUCAACUCUAUGUGAAGGAGAUGACUCGCUGCAUGGGUUAAAUGGUGGUCACACCAGAUACUAGCUGUGUUUGAAAACUCAUAGUAACCUUACUAUUUGUGACAUAAAUUGAGUAUGUAGUAUGCUUAUUGGUCAUAGUAUGGAUAUAGUUAGUAUGCCAAAAGUUCCCGGAUGUGGUACUACAUUCGCCAAAAUACGAAGUAUACAAGCAGUGGACACUAUUUCCGUGCUUUUAGCGCCCAUAAUGCAAUUCUUCCGAAAAUGGGCGUGGCUUCAACGUUUUCAGAUUUGAAGAAAAUGGCGGAAAAUAUGCAGCCGAAGUCCGACGAGAGAGGAUACAACUAAUUAUGACAAAUGUUAAGAAAAUAUUGAGCAAUGUGAUAAAGUAAUGAAUUUUCAAAUAAGUUACACGUUAUGUUGGCUGACAAUUUGUUAGCUACGCUAUCCUUACGAACCGUAUAGCAUAUCAUUACAGCAGUAUGUAUAGCCGGUGUUAGCUAGCCAACUUACCUAACGUUAGUUGGCUACUAAUACAUUGAACUUGCCAGUAUAUUAACUAUAUGCUCUCUAACUACCCAACGUUUAUUGACUUGAGUAUUCACGUCAUUUUAGCUAAGUGGUAUAGUCGUUGUGCGUUCUCAAUGGACAUUGUUAAUGAAGUUGUAAGAUGUCUAGCUAGUAAUUUGUUAGCUAUGCUAACAAGCUAGCAAGAAGUUGCAUAGCAACAGCAUCAACUUCAGGUAGACAGGUCGAUGUGCUAGUACACAACUGAAAGGAUACCGUUUACAGUAUUCUAAAAUGAACUAAUAGUAUAUAGUACAUACACUCAUGUGGUAUACAGUAUGUUAGUAUGGGUAUUCGAACACAGCUACUGACUGGUUUUCUGAUCCACGCCCCUACCUUUCUUUAAGGUACAGUAUCGGUGACCAAUAGAUGCAUAUCUGUAUUCCCAGGCAUGUGAAAUGCAUAGAUUAGUGUCUAAUGAAUUUAUUUCAAUUGACUGAUUUCCUUAUAUGAAUAUCUGUAACUCAGUAAAAUCUUUGAAAUUGUUGCGUUUAUGUUCAGUGUACACACUACUCUGAAGAAUGUGGUAAAGGCUUUAGAAACUGUAAGCCUUAAGUACAAACUCUACAGUACCAUGGCUGCUGGGGUUAUGACUGGGAUGUGACCAAGAAUAUGUGGAAUGCCAACACGUGUAUGCACAUUUUACCAACUCCUUUUGGCAUUCCAAUAAACAAGCUAACAGUCAAUAUUCUCUAUUCAAGUUUUAUAUUUUUAUUUGACCAAACAGGCUGUUACGAACCCCGUGGCUUUAAAAGUCUAGGGUGGAUGGAAAAGAGGCCCGUAACAUAACUCAUGCAAAUCAGGCUAUUGCCAAGGAACAGUGAGAACAAAAUACGCCAACAACCAAAUGCUACCGUCAAACACACAAUGUUUAUUAUAAAACACACGGUUAAUGGUUUGGGGAAAAGGGGCUGAGCUGGACCCAAGGAAUGAAACAAUAAAGUCGCUCUGGAUAAGAGCGUCUGCUAAAUGACUUAAAUGUUAAAUGUAAAUGUAAAAAAAAAAACCCUAAACUGAUCUUGCCUGCCUCAAGAACUACUACGCUUACUACUAACCAUACAAAAAUACAGUGGGUGGUCCGCUCAGGUCUAACUAGUGUGUUUAGACAAGGUUUUCCUACGGGUAGUGUAUGCCCAAGGGCGACUUGCUAAAUCCUCCUUUUCCCAGGCACAAACAAACAAUAUAGGUACCAUACGGACUAAACAGUUAACGAGUGAGUACACAAAAACAAGACACCACCGUAUACAUACUCACAAACAAAAAGAGUCUGUCAGAAAACACAACUGACUAGCUUUUAAAACAAGGGGAUGUGUGAUAUGAUUGGGUAAGAAAACAGAAACAGGUGGUGCAAUCAGGAGAAAUGUCCACUGAUUGGUCAAUCAGCAGAUUAACUGAUGACUGAUAGGUGGGACACACCAACGACCUCCAAUCAGGAACACAAAGGACAACUGUGAUUAGGGCAGAAGGAGAGGAAAAACACAUACAGGAUACCUGUAUUCGUAACACAGGCAAACCACAAAUUCAUAACACAACACUAAAGUUAAUUGAAAAACCUGUCUACAGGUACGUAACACAAUAACAUACAACAGCCUGCUGCUCAGCUUAGACAGCAGUGUGGUGCCCUUGCGCUCUGCAUGGUGUUCACUACGCCCUCCGGUAGUCUUAACAUGGACCAUUGGUGCCGUUCAGCGGCCAAGCCCACAGACUGAGGCGGUGUGGUCUCGGAUGCGACUGAGUUCCCCCGGCCUGAGACAGCAGGUCGGGUCUCAGGGACAGUUGCCAAGAUGUCCCAGACAACAGGGACAGGAGAAAGCUGAACCAGGGUCGUCUGGGACCACCAGCAGCAGACGAUGCUCUGCCAUCCUGGUCCUGUCCAGCACAGCCUGGAUCAGGGGAAAAGGGGGGAAUGCGUAAAGCUCCAACCCUGCCCAAUCGUGAGCCAGAGCAUCCAAGCCCAGAGGCCCUGGUGGCUCCGACAUGGAGUACCACAGGGGGAAGUGUGCAUUGCCCAGGGAGGCAAACAGGUCCACCUGCGCCCUCCCAAACGUGUCCCACAGGUGCUGCACCACCUGGGAAUGUAGGCUCCAGUCCCAAGGUGGCGGGCCCUCCCUCGAGAGCAUAUCCGCUGCCACAUUCAGGAUGCCAGGUACGUGCGCUGUGUGUAGAGACGCUAGACGUGGAAGGAAAGACCGCAGGGCCAGCAGUACAGCUUGAAGCUCUAGUGUAUUGAUGUGCCUGCCGCUCCAAGGGGGUAGCCAACAGCUGCUGGCCGACAUGCCCUUGGUCACACCCCCCCAGCCGACCCCCAGGAACAGCCUAUCACUGGCCAACAGGGAACAGCCGUCGUCGCCACCGAAGCUAUCAACCUACUGACGCAGGGCAUGCACCCUCCGUUCAAGGUGGUCCCAGCGGUUGGACUCCUGCCCCCAUCCAGGACUGGCAGCAGAUGGGCUCUGCCUGCGGUGGCUCCGGCCACGCUUCCUGGGAGGGGUACUGGGCCCAGUAGAGGGACUAAGAGCCCGCUGGCGCACCACUCUUGAGGGUGGGAGCUCGUCCCCAGCCUGAGCCCGAGCCUGGCCGAUCCAUUCGCGCAUGGCCUCCAAUCGCGCCAGGCGCAGGCGUUCUGAGAACACCACACACAAAAAACAGGCAUCCAGUAGGGCGCUCCAGCGUGGCUCAAACCCAGGCAGUGUAUACACAAGGUAUGCGGAUCCCCAGGGGGGAUGCCACCAUCACACCUGUCACAGGGAAGCCAUAAGCUCAGCCAAGCCAACAAGGCCACGGAGCAGGGGUCCGACGCCCUGGGCAAGCUUAUGUCGUGA